UGUGAAACCUCCUGCGUCGGUCUGACCCAGUAUGUGUGUGUGAAUGUGUCCGAAUGGGUGUGUGUGCUGUCAGCAGCUGCCAUAGGUGAAUAAACAUCUGUUUGUCUGGUUUGGAAUAAACGAAAAGCUUCAAAUUCCGGAUAUUUAACUGAAACAGCAAUGCCCUGUGUACAAACCCAGCAUGCUUCCCUGCCUCAUGACAAUUACUUCAGUUCUGAGUUCCUAAAUCCUGAUCUCAGUGCCAAAUUGGUGAUGGACAUCAGUGGUCAAAAGGAUCAGCUGUCCACAUCUUCUCUCCCUAGCAUCAACACAUUGGUUGGAAAUGGCUAUGCUGGGGAGUUUGAUACUUACUCCUGCAAGAUUACCACCUCUCCUCCCACCUCCAUAGUUUCUUUGAGCCACACUGCAGCUGCUGAAAAUCCCAGCCCACAGAUGCUGAACCAAGCCUUCAAGCUGGAUGAUCUCCAGGUGUAUGGCUGUUACCCAGGAUCCUUUGCACUCAGCUGCCUUGAUGAAACACUCUCAUCCUGUGGAUCUGACUACUAUGGAAGCCCUCUUUAUGCUAGUGCUUCUCCUCCAACACCAGGCUUUCAGUCUGCUUCUGUAUGGGAUUCCCCUUUCAGCCCCUUCCCCCCAGCUCCACCAUGUUCUGUGGAUAAGGCUGCCAUGGUCCAGCCGCUCUCCUUUUCCAGCUUCAAUCCGGCACCUGAGCAGCACUCUCCAUUGGGGCAACAUCAGGAUGCUCUGCCUGGUCCGGAUGACCACUUCUUCCUCUCACCUCAGCAGCAUGUCUCCCCACUUCAGUGUCUCCCAAUGUCUCUGGAACUGGGAUCUAUGGGAAGUCCUCAAAUGGUGGAGGGGGCCAUGAUGUCUCCAAAACCCCUGAACACAGGAUCCAGUGAGGGACGCUGCGCAGUAUGUGGUGACAACGCGUCCUGUCAGCACUAUGGAGUGCGCACCUGUGAGGGAUGUAAAGGUUUCUUCAAGCGAACUGUCCAGAAAAAUGCAAAGUAUGUGUGCCUCACCAAUAAAGACUGUCCGGUGGACAAGAGGAGAAGAAACCGAUGCCAGUUUUGCCGUUUCCAGAAAUGUCUUGCGGUGGGAAUGGUCAAAGAAGUUGUUCGCACAGACAGCCUCAAAGGUCGCAGAGGUCGCCUGCCCUCCAAACCUAAGACUGCGGCUGAGGGGUCAUCCACCACCCCCAGCGUCAACAUCAUAGCUUCUCUUGUCAGGGCUCAUUUAGACUCCAACCCAACCAUCGAAAAGCUCGACUACUCCAAGUACCAGGAGAUGGUGGGCAAUUUGAAAGAAAAGGAGGAUGCUGGAGAUAUCCAGCAGUUCUAUGAUCUGCUCUCCGGUACCUUAGAUGUUUUAAAAAACUGGGCUCAAGCCAUCCCGGGAUUCGCAGACUUCUGCACGGAGGACCAGGAACUGCUGCUUGAAUCUGCCUUUGUUGAGCUCUUUAUCCUCCGCCUGGCUUACAGGUCAAAUCCAGAGAAGAACAAGUUGAUAUUCUGUAAUGGCGUAGUCCUGCACCGGCAGCAGUGCACUCGCAGUUUUGGUGGCUGGAUAGACUCAAUCAUGGAUUUUUCCCAAAGCCUUCAUCGCAUGAACUUAGACGUGUCAUUGUUUGCCUGCCUGGCAGCACUUGUUAUCAUCACUGAUCGCCAUGGACUGAAGGAACCCAGGAGAGUCGAAGACUUCCAAAGUAAUGUCAUUACUUGUUUAAGGGAACACAUGAGUGGAAAUGGAUCAGAACAAAGCCGGACGCAACCCAACUAUCUUUCUCGUCUACUGGGCAAACUCCCUGAGCUGAGGACUCUGUGCACUCAGGGCCUGCAGCGCAUCUUCUACUUGAAACUGGAGGAUCUGGUCCCACCCCCACCAAUCGUGGAGAAAAUCUUUAUGGAUACGUUGCCAUUUUGACAGAAAUAAUGCAAAAUCUAUAAAACGUGAUGGACACAGGAGAGGUGAAAACAACAUACAGAAUGAUGUUGUUGACUGAGCUCUGCUUUUGACUGUAAUGACUUGUGUGCUAACAGGUGUAAAAUCCUUUGGGAGACUUUUUAUAUGGCAUACUUUUAAAUAGAAUAGUUACUUUUGAUAGCACCACUGAUUUCAGAGCUAAGAUUGUAUAUAAUUUCAGGAACAUAUAUUCUGUGUGCAUUUUCAAAAUGGAUAUAUCAAGCGUUUGAAAUGUGAAUUUUGUCCUGCACUGCAGCUUACAACAUGCUGACAUUUGGAUACAUUUAUCAUCAUGUUACAGUAAACACUCACAAACACACUAAUUUCUUGAAAAGCAUUUCAUAAAAUGCUUUUGACCCAACUCAGAAACAGUUUUUGGUGGAAAAAAAGAAAACCAGUUAUAGUGAUAAAAUUAAAAACAUUUGCAGCACUAAUUUUUCAGAAAGGAAAAGUUGCUAAUCAUUCUGUCAUAUUGUUGUGCUCCUGUGGAAGGUCUUGGACCAAAGUUUACCAAAGAUGUUAUUUUGAUACUAUCAGUUACAAACCCUAUCACCUUAAGUUACAAUAAAUAAUUCUCUGCAGAAAUUUUGCUGUAGCCUUAAACUAGUUCUGCUAGAGCUACUGUUCAUUAAAGUGCUUCUACUUUGGAAUUUAAGAUAAAAGUGGACAUGAAUGAAAAUGAAUGAAAAUACAAAGUGCCUUUUAUGAAGACUUCUACCAUGAACCACACUAACUGAUACAAAUCCAAUUUUCAUUCCAAACAAAACACUGAGAGAGACCCUUUUAUUGCAGAUAUGAAACGUAGAAUAAUUGCACAGAUGGAUUUGAUAUCAGAGACGUGGUUUCUUUUUAUGCUGUACUACAUAUAAACAUAUGUGCUCACACUGUUCAAAUGAAAGGCCAUCAAUACUUUCUUGCGAUCUGUGGAAAUUCAAUCCUGUUCACGUGCUCCUGAAGUAAUAAAAGUUUAAAUUAAAGGCAAGCUCUCCAUUAUAAGAUCAAAAUGGAUCCAAGCAGAUGUUAAAUUCUUGAAUUAAGACAGCCUACCAUUUCUGCAAUUUGUAUUAAUGUAGACCACAGAAUGCCCGGGAUAGAAAGAUAUUUUCAGUUUUUGAUAUAUACUGGUUUCUUGCUGCAUAUGUGCCUGAAUAUCCUCUUCUUCCACAUCUGUCUGAGUUGCAUUUUUCUGCAUUUUUUCAUAUUUGUGCAUUUAUUUUGUAUUUCAACCUAAAUGAUAUUUCUUAAGGAAUGAAAGUGAAAUGUGAUGACAAGAAGAGCAGCUAUGAACACUUCACUAUUUCGACUGUGUCAAAAACACUUUGUUUUCCUUCUUUACUGUUUUGUUUUGGACAUUGUGUGUAAAUUGAAAAGACUGCCAGACUUUUUGUAAAAAGGUACAAACAUGCUGAGAUACAGCAAACACUUUAUAUUAAAUUUUUUCUGAAAAUUCA